AUGGUAGUAGUAGAAUUAAAUCUAAAUUCUUUUAUAGGAUUCGGUGCAGCCAUUGGUGCAGUCUUCGGUGCAAGCCACAGUGGGAAACUUGGUGGAGGCAUCGAUGUAGGCCACAGUGGUAGCCUUGUUGAAGGCCACAGUGCAGGCAUAGGUGCAGGCUUCGGUGCAAACCAUGGUGAAAGCCUCAGUACAGGCAUCGGUGCAGGCCACAGUGGGAGCCUUGGUGAAGGACACAGUGCAGGCAUAGGUGCAGGCAUCAGUGGAGGCAAAAGCGGAAACCUUGGGGGAGAUCACAGUGCAAGCAUAGGUGCAGCUUUCGGAGCAGGCCAGAGCGGGAGUCUUGGUGGGGGCAUCGGUGCAGGCCACAGUGGGAGCCUUAGUGUAGGUCACAGUGCAGGCAUCAGUGGAAGCUAUGAUAAAAGCUUCGGUGCAGGCGUCAGUGGGAGCCUUAGUGCAGGCCACAGUGCGGGCAUAGGUGCAGGCAUCAGUGCAAGCCAUGAUAAAAGCGUCAGUGCAGGCAUCGGUGCAAGCCACAGUGGGAGCCUUGGUGGAGGCCACGGUGCAGGCAUAGGUGCAGGUCUCAGUGCAAGCCAUGAUAAAAGCGUCAGUGCAGGCAUCAGUGCAAGCCACAGUGGGAGUCUUGGUGAAGGCUACAAUGCAGGCAUAGGUGCAGGCCUCAGUGCAAGCCAUGAUAAAAGCGUCAGUGCAGGCAUCGGUGCAAGCCACAGUGGGAGCCUUGGUGGAGGCCACGGUGCAGGCAUAGGUGCAGGUCUCAGUGCAAGUCAUGAUAAAAACGUCGGUGCGGGCAUCGGUGCAAGUCAUAGUGGGAACCUUGAUGGAAGCUACAGUGCAAGCAUAGGUGGAAAUAUUGGUGCAGGACAGAGUGGGAGCGCCGUUAGUGGCAACAGUGCAGGCAUAGGUGCAGGUAUCAGUGCAAGCCAUGAUAAAAAAAUCGAUGCAGGUCGCCGUGGAAGCCUUAGUGGAAGCCACAGUGCAAGCAUUGGUGCAGACAUUGGUACAAGCCAGAGUGGGAGCCUUGGUGGAGGCCACAGUGCAGGCCUCAGUACAAGCCAUCAUAAAAGCGUCAGUGCAGGCAUCGCUGCAAGCCACAGUGGGAGCCUUGGUGGAGGCCACGGUGCAGGCAUAGGUGCAUACCUCAGUGCAAGCCAUGAUAAAAGCGUCAGUGCAGGCAUCAGUGCAAGCCACAGUGGGAGUUUUGGUGAAGGCCACAAUGCAGGCAUAGGUGCAGGCCUCAGUGCAAGCCAUGAUAAAAACGUCGGUGCGGGCAUCGGUGCAAGUCAUAGUGGGAACCUUGAUGGAAGCUACAGUGCCAGCAUAGGUGGAGAUAUUAGUGCAGGACAGAGUGGAAGCGCCGUUAGUGGCAACAGUGCAGGCAUAGGUGCAGGUCUCAGUGCAAGCCAUGAUAAAAAAUUCGAUGCAGGUCGCCGUGGAAGCCUUAGUGGAAGCCACAGUGCAAGCAUUGGUGCAGACAUUGGUACAAGCCAGAGUGGGAGCCUUGGUGGAAGCCACAGUGCAGGCCUCAGUACAAGUUAUGAUAAAAACGUCAGUGCAGGCAUCAGUGCAAGCCACAGUGGGAGCCUUGGUGGAGGCCACGGUGCAGGCAUAGGUGCAGGCCUCAGUGCAAGCCAUGAUAAAAGCGUCAGUGCAGGCAUCAGUGCAAGCCACAGUGGGAGUCUUGGUGAAGGCCACAGUGCAGGCAUAGGUGCAGGCCUCAGUGCAAGCCAUGAUAAAAAAUUCGAUGCAGGUCGCCGUGGAAGCCUUAGUGUAAGCCACAGUGCAAGCAUUGGUGCAGACAUUGGUACAAGCCAGAGUGGGAGCCUUGGUGGAGACCACAGUGCAGGCCUCAGUACAAGCCAUCAUAAAAGCGUCAGUGCAGGCAUCGCUGCAAGCCACAGUGGGAGCCUUGGUGGAGGCCACGGUGCAGGCAUAGGUGCAGGCCUCAGUGCAAGCCAUGAUAAAAGCGUCAGUGCAGGCAUCAGUGCAAGCCACAGUGGGAGUCUUGGUGAAGGCCACAGUGCAGGCAUAGGUGCAGGCGUUAGUGCCAGCCAUGAUAAAAACGUCGGUGCGGGCAUCGGUGCAAGUCAUAGUGGGAACCUUGAUGGAAGCUACAGCGCAAGCAUAAGUGGAGAUAUUGGUGCAGGCCAGAGUGGGAGCUUCGGUAGUGGCAACAGUGCAGGCAUAGGUGCAGGCCUCAGUGCAAGCCAUGAUAAAAAAUUCGAUGCAGGUCGCCGUGGAAGCCUUAGUGGAAGCCACAGUGCAAGCAUAGGUGCAGACAUUGGUGCAAGCCAGAGUGGGAGCCUUGGUGGAGGCCACAGUGCAGGCACAAGUGCAGGCCUCAGUACAAGCUAUGACAAAACCGUCAGUGCAGGCAUCAGUACAAGCCAUGAUAAAAGCUUCAGUGCAGGCCACAGUGGAGGCCACAGUGCAGGCAUAGGUGCAGCUUUCGGUGCAGGCCAGAGUGGGAGUCUUGGUGGAGGCCACAGUGCAGGCAUAAGUGCAGGCCUCAGUACAAGCCAUGAUAAAAGCAUCAGUACAGGCAUCGGUGCAAGCCACAGUGGGAGCUUUGGUGGAGGUCACAGAGCAGGCAUAGGUGCAGGCGUUAGUGCCAGCCAUGAUAAAAACGUCGGUGCGGGCAUCGGUGCAAGUCAUAGUGGGAACCUUGAUGGAAGCUACAGUGCCAGCAUAAGUGGAGAUAUUGGUGCAGGCCAGAGUGGGAGCUUCGGUAGUGGCAACAGUGCAGGCAUAGGUGCAGGUCUCAGUGCAAGCCAUGAUAAAAAAUUCGAUGCAGGUCGCCGUGGAAGCCUUAGUGGAAGCCACAGUGCAAGCAUAGGUGCAGACAUUGGUGCAAGCCAGAGUGGGAGCCUUGGUGGAGGCCACAGUGCAGGCACAAGUGCAGGCCUCAGUACAAGCUAUGACAAAACCGUCAGUGCAGGCAUCAGUGCAAGCCAUGAUAAAAGCUUCAGUGCAGGCCACAGUGGAAGCCUUAUUAGUGGAGGCCACAGUGCAGGCAUAGGUUCAGCUUUCGGUGCAGGCCAGAGUGGGAGUCUUGGUGGAGGCCACAGUGCAGGCAUAAGUGCAGGCCUCAGUACAAGCCAUGAUAAAAGCAUCAGUACAGGCAUCGGUGCAAGCCACAGUGGGAGUCUUGAUGAAGGCCACAGUGCAGGCAUAGGUGCAGGCGUUAGUGCCAGCCAUGAUAAAAACGUCGGUGCGGGCAUCGGUGCAAGUCAUAGUGGGAACCUUGAUGGAAGCUACAGCGCAAGCAUAAGUGGAGAUAUUGGUGCAGGCCAGAGUGGGAGCUUCGGUAGUGGCCACAGUGCAGGCAUAGGUGCAGGCGUUAGUGCCAGCCAUGAUAAAAACGUCGGUGCGGGCAUCGGUGCAAGUCAUAGUGGGAACCUUGAUGGAAGCUACAGCGCAAGCAUAAGUGGAGAUAUUGGUGCAGGCCAGAGUGGGAGCUUCGGUAGUGGCAACAGUGCAGGCAUAGGUGCAGGCCUCAGUGCAAGCCAUGAUAAAAAAUUCGAUGCAGGUCGCCGUGGAAGCCUUAGUGGAAACCACAGUGCAAGCAUAGGUGCAGACAUUGGUGCAAGCCAGAGUGGGAGCCUUGGUGGAGGCCACAGUGCAGGCACAAGUGCAGGCCUCAGUACAAGCUAUGACAAAACCGUCAGUGCAGGCAUCAGUACAAGCCAUGAUAAAAGCUUCAGUGCAGGCCACAGUGGAGGCCACAGUGCAGGCAUAGGUGCAGCUUUCGGUGCAGGCCAGAGUGGGAGUCUUGGUGGAGGCCACAGUGCAGGCAUAAGUGCAGGCCUCAGUACAAGCCAUGAUAAAAGCAUCAGUGCAGGCAUCGGUGCAAGCCACAGUGGGAGCCUUGGUGGAGGUCACAGAGCAGGCAUAGGUGCAGGCGUUAGUGCCAGCCAUGAUAAAAACGUCGGUGCGGGCAUCGGUGCAAGUCAUAGUGGGAACCUUGAUGGAAGCUACAGUGCCAGCAUAAGUGGAGAUAUUGGUGCAGGCCAGAGUGGGAGCUUCAGUAGUGGCAAUAGUGCAGGCAUAGGUGCAGGCCUCAGUGCAAGCCAUGAUAAAAAAUUCGAUGCAGGUCGCCGUGGAAGCCUUAGUGGAAGCCACAGUGCAAGCAUAGGUGCAGACAUUGGUGCAAGCCAGAGUGGGAGCCUUGGUGGAGGCUACAGUGCAGGCACAAGUGCAGGCCUCAGUACAAGCUAUGACAAAACCGUCAGUGCAGCCAUCAGUGCAAGCCAUGAUAAAAGCUUUAGUGCAGGCCACAGUGGAAGCCUUAUUAGUGGAGGCCACAGUGCAGGCGUAGGUGCAGCUUUCGGUGCAGGCCAGAGUGGGAGUCUUGGUGGAGCCAUCGGAGCAGGCCACAGUGGGAGCCUUGGUGGAGGCCACAGUGCAGGCAUAGGUGCAGGCAUAGGAGCAGGCGGUUCAGCCUUCGGUGCAGGCCAAAGAGGGAGUCUUGGUGGAGGCAUAGGUUUUGGCCACGGUGGGAAUCUUGGUGGAGGCAUCGGUGCAAGCCACAGUGGGAGCUUCGGUGCAGGGAUCGGUGCCGGCCGCAGAGGUAGUAAUGAGGGUAGUCGCGGAACUUUCAGUAUCGGCAUAGGAUUC